AGUACCACCAAACACCGCGUCUCCACUUCAAUGCUGCUGCGAAGACCAAAAAUCCCAUCACAAACAAACCAAAACUUCUCCGUUCUCUUCUUCUUCUUCUUCUUCUUCUUCUCUCUUCCUUAUCUUCCUAUUCUUAAUUUUGGUUGUAUUAGGCAACACAAAAAUGAUGAUCAUAAUUAGCCUACUCUUAUUGUCUCUUCUCUUUCUUGCCGGCUUCCUUAAUAUAUUCUUUCAUUUUCCCACCAACAAGUUUUUUCAUGCAUGGUUGAAAUACACUCCACCACCCGACACAAAAUCUUCACCUGUUUCUUCCCCCCGCAAAGAACGGUCUCCGACUCUGAGUCCCCAAAACAAGGCUGAGCUCAAGAGGGUGUUUGCCACCUUCGACAAAAACGGCGACGGAUUCAUAACAAAGCAGGAGCUGAGGGAGUCGCUGAGGAACAUCAGAAUCUUCCUGACAGAGAAGGAGGUUGAAGAAAUAGUCGCCAAAGUGGAUGCUAAUGGAGAUGGGUUGAUUGAGUUUGAUGAGUUCUGCAUGCUGUGCGAGUCCAUGGCCGGCGGCGGGAAGGAAGAAGAAGAAGAAGAAGAAGGCGGCGGCGGCGGUGGCGGGGAGGAGGAGUUGAAGGAGGCUUUUGAUGUGUUUGAUAAAGAUAGGGAUGGGUUGAUUACGGUUGAGGAGCUGGGUGUGGUUUUGUGUGCCUUGGGGAUGAAGGAAGGGAAGAAAGCUGAGGAUUGCAAGGAGAUGAUUACGAAGGUUGAUAUGGAUGGAGAUGGAAUGGUAAAUUUUGAUGAGUUCAAGAGGAUGAUGAAAGGUGGAAGCCUUCUUUUAGCCCACUAAUUCUCAAAACGACGACGAAUGCUUGUCUUUCUUUCUCCACACAAUCUCUUGAUAAGGUGUUCAUUAAUUUCCACCUCACAUGGAGAAGAAUUAAGAAAUCCGUCUUCUUAGAGCUAGCUAGCUUCAAGUAUGUAAUUAUUUUCAUUUACUCCAAAAAAAAAAAAAAAAAAAAAAGUAUGUAAUUAAUCUUUCUUUCUUUUUGUCUCUUUUCUCUUCCAAUAUAUUAAUUACAAAUCCCACUAUAUACAUAUC